CAAUUUCACAAGUUUAUUUAAAGCUUAUUCAUUCGACUGAUAGUCUAAAAACCUAAGAAGGAUGAUGACACAGAAGAAGAAAAGAAUCAUCUGUUACUUUAUUCAAUGAGCAAAGACAAUAAGGCUUUUUUUGCGUCUGUUUCUUUGAUGAUAUCAUAAUGGACUCGUGAGGUUUCAUCGUCCAGUUUGGCCCCUUUGAUAAAAGCAGUGAGUGAAUAUAUUGAGUUCCAUAGCGCUGAAGAUGUAUGGUUUAGCUCUGUUUUCAUCAUCAAGUCAACAUCAGUGACAUUUCAGUGGAACUCAGACUCGUGCUCCGGGAAAAGACCAGCGAAGUUGACCUCAAGCGCAAAGCAGUGAUUGAUCUGGAGCUGGACAAGAAGAAGCCCAAGUUGAGCAGGUCGCCCGCCGAAGAGCUCGCCGUUUCUGGCGUUGAUGCUGUGAAAGGAGGCAGUUUCAGUGAAGAGGUUUCAACCAGGAAGAGCUCGGUCGCCGUCAUCACCGGAGGUGAGAGGAUGAUGUCCAGCUUCUCGGCCUGAAGAGAGUCCACAUCUCCUUUCACGCUGGUGAGCGCCAGUGAGAGUAGGAACGUGUCGGACAGGUCCCGACAGCUGAAGAAACUGGAACUGUCAGUCCAAUUCACGCUCAAGUGUUUGAAGAGCACAGUAGAAAUUCUCCUGGUCACGAGAGACGGGUCAGCAGAGGGCCGACCAAGUGGAGUCCAGCAUGAAGGGACAGACUCAGGAAGUCUCUGUUCCUCGGAAACGUAGCCGUAAGAGGAAACAUCUCGUGGAAGAGCCUCCGUCUGAGGAGAAGCAGUUACCAGAGGUGCCCAACUGGGCCUGCACCAGCCGAGCUCGCUUUGAGAAUCGCUACACAGUGGGAAGCAUCAUGGCCAAAGGCGGGUUCGGGGUGGUGUGUGCCGGCUGGCGUAAAGCCGAUAACAUCCCGGUGGCCAUCAAGUUUGUCGACAGGUGCCAAGCGGAAUACACAAAGAUACUCAUCCGGGGGCAGGAGUGGAAGAUCAACGAGGAGGUGGCCAUGACAGCCAGGGCGGCAGACGGGCAACCGCAGCCCUUCGUCAUCGGCCUGAUGGACUUCUACGACCUGGAGACAGACGCCGUGCUCAUCUUGGAAAGACCUCGUGACAUGGUUGACCUCAACGACUUCAUCCGGGAGCGAGGAAACUGCCUGACGGAAGAGCUGACCCGGGUCAUCAUGAGGCAAAUGGUGGACGCGGCCGCUCACAUUCUCGGCAACGGCGUCUUCCACCGAGACAUUAAGGAGCACAACAUCCUGAUUCAGGCCAACAUGGCCGCCCCGAGGAUCCGGAUCAUCGACUUCAGCUGCAGCUGCUUCGUCAGCGAGGAGCCGUACGACGCCAAAAGCUUCGCCGGAACCCCAUCGCUGGCUCCUCCGGAGGUGAUCCUGAGCGAGGUCUACAAGGCCGGACCCACCACGGUCUGGCAGCUGGGGGCGCUGAUGUGGCAGCUCACCAGCUUGUACCGCGGCUUCAGCACGCUCAAGUUCUUGGCCAAAACCUUACCUCACGUCGGCUUGCUCUCCAAAUACGCAGAAGACUUUCUGAGAAUUUGCCUCCUGCGAGACGAAGACAAGAGACCCACCGUGGAGCAGCUGCAGCAUCAUCCAUGGCUGAGUUACUGACCCCCCUCUGUGGUCAUGGAGAGUCAAGGACACAGUCCUGCUCUGCCUGUCUGUAGAUCCUUCAAUAAUAAAACUUUGUCAUGCUUUUCUUGAAGAUUCCACCAGCCAACAAGUUGGGAGUUCACGAUGGGCACAAACCGAAAAGUGUCCAACAGAUUUUUAAAUCCACACACGUUUUAAAAUUUCAGGAUUUUUUUUUUCAUUUCACCUUGACUUUAUAAUUGGUCCAAAUAAUGUUUUUAUAGUAUGAUUUUAAGACUUUGUGCGAUUUAUUUAAACCCUAUUUUCUCUUGAUGAAUUUCAUUUUUCUUCUAUUUAUUUUUUAAAUUAAUUAGCAUUUUUCCUUUUUAUUUUCAAGUGUUAAUUUUUCUGUCUGAAGUGUUUUGGCUUACAAUUACAAUUUAUUCUUAUACCCCUCCCCUCUUUUUAAUUUAAUUUAAUUUUUUGUAGUGUUUAUUACUUAAUUCUACAGGUAUUUAUUUUAGUUCCUUUGAUAAAACUUCAAACUAUAUGCUUCAGAAUUAGCUUUGUACAACACUUACUUUCAUACUGUAUUUGUAAAAUACUUUUCACAUUUUAAAUGCAAAUGUACUCAUAUUUAAGUAGUAUUUUUCACAUUUUUAAAGAUACAUUUCAAAUGUUGAUAUGAAUAAAACUAUUACUGGGGUAAUACUGGGAAAUAUUAUUCACCAGAUACAUGGUUUUCUGCUUUUAAAAUUUGCCUGAUAAAAGCAAACAGAAUGACAACUUUUACUGUUGUGUUAAGUUUAAAAGAACAAGUUAGCAUGUAGCUGCUAGCUAAGCUAUUGGGAAGCGUCUUAUUUAUCAUUUGUUAAUGGGCUAGUGCAGCUAUAUGGCAUUAGUGGUGUAUUUGUUUACGUGUCUCCAUGGCGACGCCUUCCAGCUGGUGGGAUUAAACAAACCACCAUGACCCGGUUCUGAACAUGUAGCGACACAAGCACGGCUCACAUCUCUUUAACUGGCGUAUUAUUUCUUUAAUGGAUGGUAAACACGGGCGCAGCUGUUUCCUCGCGGGACAACCUGAGUAGCUGGAGAGGAGGAGGACGCCGAGGGUUUGACUGUGUGCCAGAGAAACCCCUCGUUGUCCUUCACCACCUCAUUUCUCUUGCUGCACUUCCACUCUGUUAAUGACACAUGAUGGACUCGAUGUGAGAGCUGAUGCGCCGCUUGUCCUUGGUCUCCGGGCGUGUCCAGCGUGGAGCACUGCAUCUGCUCUCAUUCUCAUGGCCCACUGAAAGCGCCAGUGACUCCAGUUAGAACAAUAAAACAGUGGUGAAUAUGGAGUGAAGUCCAAGAUCAUGUGUUAUACUCUCGACCACAGCCUCUAUUUGUGGCCGCAUGACUUUAAAAAUAGAUGCCAUCCAUCCAUCCUCACUACAACAUAAGUCAUUGUGACAUUCCAAGGCAUCUAUGAGGUCACAUGGCACUAUACUUAUUACAUUAAGUGACUCAUAUAAACAGUCCUUUUAUCGUU